AAACAGAAAAGCAAACUCCAAUACGCAUAUGAACAAAAACUGCAGAGAUGAGCUAUCGACAAUAAAUAAAGUCUCAAGAGUUGGGCCCACACGAAGAUCUCAAAAAGCUUUUAAAUCAAGCACACUUCAAUUAACACUUGUUCAAUAUCAACACAUGAUGGAUCUGUUCAUGUGGUUCUUUGUAUCAGCGCUGUUAGUUCUGGGUCAUAAAUCUUGGGCUUUGGAGACUCGAGAGUUGCUGGGAUCGGCGAGGGAGCCAGAGUUCAGCGAGUGGGUGAGAGGGAUUAGGAGGAAGAUUCAUGAGUACCCAGAACUGGGAUUUCAAGAGGAAAAGACGAGUCAACUCAUCAGAAACGAGCUUGACUCGCUUGGGAUCAGCUACAAAUGGCCCGUCGCGAAGACCGGGGUUGUGGCUUCUAUUGGAUCAGGCCAAAAACCAGUCUUCGCACUCAGAGCUGACAUGGACGCUCUUCCUAUACAGGAACUAGUAGAGUGGGAGCACAAGAGCAAAAUCGAUGGAAAAAUGCAUGCUUGUGGUCAUGAUUCUCACGUAGCAAUGUUACUUGGAGCAGCUAGGUUACUUCAAAGCAAAAAAGACGAAUUGAAGGGAACAGUAAAGCUUGUUUUCCAACCUGGAGAAGAAGGAUAUGCCGGUGCUUAUCAUAUGUUGAAAGAUGAAGUUGUCGAUGACAUUGACGCGAUCCUCAGUAUACAUGUUUUUCCGUCAACACCCAUUGGUGCCAUUGCUUCAAGCCCUGGGACCAUACUUGCUGGGGUUGGAGAAUUUUCAGUUAAGGUUAGAGGAAGAGGUGGCCAUGCAGCAACCCCCCAUAUGAGCAGGGACCCCAUUGUUGCAGCUUCCUCAGCGGUUCUUGCCCUGCAGCAGAUUGUAUCCCGAGAGACGGAUCCUCUCGAGGCUAGGGUGGUGACAGUUGGGUUCAUUGAGGGGGGAAAAGCAAGAAAUGUAAUUCCUGAGUAUGUGACAUUUGGUGGAACCUAUAGGAGCUUGAGCUUAAAAGGUCUCUACGACAUCAAAGAAAGGAUCAAAGAGGUCAUAGAGAUGCAAGUGUCUGUGCAUCAAUGUACUGCAGAGGUUGACUUCAUGGAGGACGUACCACUUCCUCAUCCACCAACCGUUAAUGAUAAAGAAAUAUAUGAACAUGCAAAAAGGGUUGGCGAGAGCUUACUUGGGGCGCCUAACGUGCAGCUUCUUCCAGUGACCAUGGGAGCAGAGGAUUUCAGCUACUUCUCACAGAGGUUUCCUGCUGCAAUCUUUGUCAUUGGGACAAAGAAUGAGACUCUGAAAUCAAACUAUCCAUUGCACUCACCUUACUUUUUCAUUGACGAAGAGGUUCUUCCUAUAGGAGUGGCUCUUCAUACUGCUGUAGCAGUCUCAUACCUGGAGGAUAACCAUGCUGCAGAAUUCAGUUAGAAAUCUUGGGUUUCUUUUGUUUUUCUUUUAGAUGCAAAUACCACUAUGGAAUAAGCCAAGAACACCAAUGUAAUUCUGAAUCAGAAUACUGAGUAACUUGCAUAAUAGUAUUUCAGAAAUCGAAAAUACUUGGAUUGCCUCCC